GAGAGAGCGAGAGCGAGUGUGUGUGUGAGAGAGCGAGAGCGCGCAGCUAGGAGUCCCUGGGAGAGUGGAGCUCAUUCACUGAUUAGAGGCAGCUUCGAGAGGCAGCGCUGCGUCUUCCUUGGCUCCCAGCAGCCGUGUCAGGCUCUUGCUCACUCCCAUGCUGGCCGAAAGCGCUUGCACACACGCGCCGGGCUUAGCACGUCCGGCUCUCCUCCAUACGCACCAUCUCAAGCUCUCGCUUUUCCCAGUCUGAAACCAAAGGGGGCCGCCACCUCCCGAGGAAUUUUCACGCUUUGGAACAGUGAUGAAGCUCCAGUGAGAUACCUCAGCUCUACACCCAGACGUUGCUUUGUUUUCCAUCCAGGGAAGACCAUUCCCCUUGUGGGCCUGUCAAGGCAAGAUACUCCGAUGGACUUACACCGGGCAGCCUUCAAGAUGGAAAACUCCUCCUACCUUCCCAAUCCUCUGGCAUCUCCAGCCCUGAUGGUUCUCGCUUCCACUGCUGAAGCCAGCCGUGAUGCUUCCAUCCCCUGCCAGCAGCCAAGGCCCUUUGGCGUCCCUGUAUCGGUGGACAAGGAUGUGCACAUCCCGUUCACCAAUGGUUCCUAUACUUUUGCCUCCAUGUAUCACCGACAAGGUGGUGUGCCAGGAGCCUUCACCAACCGUGAUUUUCCACCUUCCUUGCUGCAUCUGCACCCCCAGUUUGCACCUCCCAAUCUGGACUGCACCCCAAUAAGCAUGUUGAACCACAGUGGUGUUGGGGCCUUCCGUCCCUUCGCCUCGACUGAGGACAGGGAGAGUUACCAGUCAGCUUUUACACCUGCCAAGCGCCUGAAGAACUGCCAUGAUACUGACUCUCCUCACCUUCGCUUCUCAGACGCUGAUGGCAAGGAGUAUGAGUUUGGAGCCCAGCUCCCCUCUGGCUCCCCUGGCUCCCUCAAAGUUGAUGACACUGGGAAAAAGAUCUUUGCUGUCUCUGGCCUCAUUUCAGACCGGGAGACCUCAUCCAGUCCUGAGGACCGAAAUGAUAGAUAUAGAAGCGACAGCCAAGGAGGGCCGCCGGCAUCUGUGGGGGCCAGCCAGCGCAUGGCGUUAACUUUCCCCCUCUGCAAAAAGAAGGCAACACUUUUUGACAGCCAAGCUCCCAUCUGUCCCAUUUGUCAGGUCUUGCUGCGUCCUGUUGAACUGCAGGAGCACAUGGAGCAGGAACUGGAGAAAUUAACCCAGCUCAACAUCAGUAAGAACUCCAUAUUGAAGGACGUCAUGGCCCCAGGUACCCCCAAGUCAAUUUUGUUGUCAGCCUCAAUCAAGCGGGAAGGAGACUCUCCAACAGCAUCGCCUCACUCCUCAGAUGAUAUCCAUCACUCAGACAGAUAUCAGACCUUCCUGCGAGUGAGGGCAAACAGACAAACACGGCUGAAUGCUCGGAUUGGGAAAAUGAAACGGAGGAAGCAAGAUGAAGGACAGGUAUGUCCCCUCUGCAGCCAGCCUCUCUCAGGAUCCGAGGAGGAGAGGAGUAGGCAUGUCGAACAAUGCCUGGCAAAGAGGGAAGGUUCAUGCAUGAUGGAGGAUGACUCGGUGGACAUUGAAAAUGAAAAUGGCAAUCGCUUUGAAGAAUAUGAAUGGUGUGGGCAGAAGAGGAUACGUGCUACUACCCUCCUGGAAGGGGGAUUCAGAGGCUCCGGGUUUGUCAUGUGCAGUGGCAAGGAGAAUCCAGACAGUGAUGCUGACCUUGAUGUGGAUGGAGACGACACAUUGGAAUAUGGAAAGCCACAAUACACAGAGGCAGAUAUCAUUCCAUGCACUGGGGAAGAACCAGGUGAAGCCAAGGAGAGAGAGGCGCUCCGAGGUGCAGUCCUAAAUGGUGGCACGCCUAGUACCCGAAUAACACCAGAAUUUUCUAAGUGGGCAAGUGAUGAAAUGCCAUCAACGAGUAAUGGAGAGAGCAGUAAACAGGAGCCUAUGCAAAAGACCUGCAAGAAUAGUGACAUAGAGAAGAUUACAGAAGACUCAGCAGUGACAACGUUUGAGGCGCUAAAGGCUCGUGUCCGUGAGUUAGAAAGGCAGCUGUCCCGUGGGGACCGUUAUAAAUGUCUCAUUUGCAUGGAUUCAUACACAAUGCCCCUGACCUCCAUCCAGUGCUGGCAUGUGCACUGCGAGGAAUGCUGGCUGCGGACUCUGGGUGCCAAGAAGCUGUGCCCCCAGUGCAAUACCAUCACCUCUCCAGGGGACCUCAGGCGCAUCUACUUAUAAAGGACAUGGCUGCUCAGACCAGGGAUUUGGGGGAAAGAAAUGGCAGCAGCAACAAAAGACAUUUGAAAACAAAUUCUAGAGACUCCGAAUGUGGAAUAGAGGUUGAGGGAGCAGCGCAGUGGCUUUGCUUCUAAACCUGUCACUGGUGCCGCCAUUUCCACGAGAAGGCUGAACCAGAAUUCGUAUUGUGAAAUCCCCCCUUUUUUACAAACUGAUGUUCCACAUCUGUCUCAUUCCUCCAAGAGCCAGAUUCCAUCAUGGAUGACUUGACAGCCUUUCCAGGGGAGCAUCUUGACAAGCCAACCUGACCCAGCCCCACAUGCCGACCCAAUAAGGAACUGGAUCUUCCACAGCAGGAACUCUCAUAACCUGUAACUUGUGUUCUCUCCCCUCCCUUCCUCUUUUUUUUGGUGGUGUUCUAGUGUUGUUUUUUUAAAAAGAGAGAGCCUACACUUGCAUACCCACAAAGGCAGAAUGAAGCACAUGUAAUAUAACUAUAUGUUUACAAUGUUGUGUAUAAAUGGGAUAGACUCCAACAUUACAUACUAAUAUGUUCCCCUUUUAUUUUUUCCCUUUGUUUUUUGGGUUGUACUUUUUUUAAAAAAAGAAGAGAAAAAAUAAGCAGAGAACAUUAAACCCAUAUUUUUCUUGGUUCUGCAAAGUUUUGGCAUUAAAGUCAUUAGUUUAAAAAAAAUAUAAAUAAAUAUAUAUUAUACAUAUAUAUAAUAUAAAUGGUUUAAUGUUCUGUGGUGUAUAUUUCCUCAUUCAGAUAUGAAGUUAACAGCUUCUAGUAAUGGCUGUAGUUCGCCCGUAUCUUACACGACUUCUGGGAGAAGUAAAAAAAAAACAGGAAUUUUAUCCUUAGUUGUAGCUAAUGGGGCUCAUUAUAUCAAAUCUUUAUCCCCCUGAAACAGCUUGAUUUUUCAUUGAGGGCAAAGCAAGAGACAUACAGCUCAGGAUUGCAAAGUUGUAUCCCAUUGUUAGUUGAGAAAAGGACAAGAGUUGACAUGAAGCAUUAAAAAUGGGGAGUGGUCUUUGCCUACUGCAGCUGGCAAUGCUGGUCCAGUUUAUUUAUCAUGUGAAAGUUGAAGCCAUCUUUUGUCCAAGCAUAUGUAUUCACCAGCCUGUGAGCCAGCAAGGUUUUAGCACUGGUCUUGUAGCCCUUCUCAUGCCACAAGAGUAAAUUCAGAAAAGCAGCUGAGAAAAGGCCAAUAUUCUAGUCAUCCAGUGUCUGAGCAGGUGGUAAUCUAACACUUCCUGUUACGUCCUCCUGAAUUAUGUGUUUCACAAGUCAGGCAGGUUCUGUGUCACUCUGGCAUAUUGUGUUGUCAUGCUCAGCUAGUGGCACUCUGCCCUGCUCUGAAAUGAUCUGCAGUGGAGGUGCAGCAUGAUGUCCCAACUCUUUUUCAGAGGUUCAGGCCCAAGAACAUGCACCAUGUUCCACUUUUGAAAAGAGCUUAUUAGUGACAUGGGUCUUGUUUCCUCCUACUAGCUGUGCUAUGUGGACUGGCAAUUGUGGAACUCAACCUGGGUCCACACAAGGUUGGGUUCAUUCAAUCCCUUUCAGUCUGUUUCUACAACAUUCCUGACAUCAACCUUUGCUCAGUCCCCUGCUCUGCAUUUUGAAAACCAUCCCCAGCUGUGGGUCGUAUGUGGUCUGCUCACUACCUGCCUUAAUCAAAAAUAAACAACUAAAUUGUUUACGUACAUACACCAACAAGCCUCCUGCAUUCCAUCUAGAGAAAACUUUACAGGGUUGCUGGAAAUCUUGAGAGGGGAAGCAAGCAGUUUGCUUGGCAAUGGCUUUGUAGGCAAAUGUCCCUAUGAUUAAUUGCCUUUUAAACUGAGGCAGAAUGAAAUGAACUUCAGUUGCUUCUCUGGGAUCUCCUGCAAAGUAUUUUUUUCCUUUUUGUCUAUUCUGUGAGAAGCACUAGAAAGUCAUGGUUAUACUAAAACAUCUGGCCACUGAUAGUCAUACUGUUGUCAAAAGGAUUGGUUCUAUAUGGAUCAGGCCUCUACCAUACUAUCACAAAAUAGUUGUAUCUUGCACUACAGGAUUCCAUAUUCCUGUUGCAAUUUGGCUGAUUAUGCACUUACAGCUAUCUCUACUAAAGGCAAGAUGGGGACAGCUAUUGUUAUCAGAGUUUUGCUAUUUAUUUAACUUCAGCCUGUUAGACAAACACUAUUGUCUUUUGGGAAAUCAUUUUGUACCCUUAGAGCAAUAGCAGCCAACAUGGUACUCUCCAGAUAUUGGACUACAACUCCUAUUAUCCCUAACCAUUGUUCAUGCUGGCUGGGGCUGAUGGGAGUUGAGAGUCCACCAACAUCUGAUGAGCACCAUGGUGGCUACCCCUGCUGAAUUUUGAGCUACAGUGUCCAAAUAACUACUGAACUGCAAUGUCUCACUCAAACCACACGUUUCUGACUGCUUUGCCUAGGAACCAUUGUGAGGAAGGUCCAUCUGCAACUUUUGUUAAAAGGAGGAAUACUUUUCAAGCAAGAGUUGAUCUGGAAUCCUAAAUAGGUAACAAUAGUUUGCAAGAGGCACAAAGUUUCUGCACUGCCAUUUGUUCACCCUGGUCUUUCUUCACUGGUAUAGCACUUGAGCCUUCCUAAAGGCAAUCAGUUGAAAUUUGUGGUGGUAGGGAUAUCUGUAUCACAUCCAAACCUGCUUACCUAGUACAAUCAAGCAAUCGCUGCUCAGACAUUUAGGGCAAAGCUACAUUUCUCCCAGAUCUGUUUCACAAUAGGCUGUGCUGAGACAGCUCAUUUUUGAUGGCCCAGCAAAUUGACUCUGGGAACAAAGAGCUUUCUCUGGUCCUAUGGACCACCACUAAGCCAAAUAAAUACAUGUAAAACUACAUAUAGUCUUUAUUUUUAAAGUUAAUUUGUCCCUGUUUUUUCCUUGAGGGGGUAGGGAGGAGAGAGAAGACUUGAAGGGAAGAUGCAAGGGACAUUUAUUUCCGCCUCUGGAGCAAGGCAUAUUUUGCAAAACUCUACAACUACUUCCUCAAUGAGCGUAAAAAGAAAUGAACUAUCUUUGCCCAAAGAUUCCCAGCUGCACAAGGUGAUAUUCAAGUUGUGUCUAUGAUUGUGUGUCGAUGUAUAUUCUAUAAAAAAAGGUACUUGUCAUUCCCGUUUGUAAACUACAUUGACAUUAAUUAAAUGAGUAUAAAAUCUUC